ACUAUAAAUAUAACUUAUAGUUUUCAUAUCUUUCAUAAAAACGACUACAUACUUUAUUUUUGUGUCUUUCAUUUCAUUUUAUUUCGGAAAAACUAAUACGUAUAUAAGUUAUGAAUCCCUCAGCUCCAUCAAUUUAUGACGAAAAACCGACGACCGGAAUUCCCGUGCCGGGCCAAUUUCAGGCUAUUCAUCCUGGAACUUGGUCUACUGGACUAUGUGAUUGUUUCUCCGAUGUAUCAAAUUGUUGUAUAACUUGCUGGUGUCCAUGUAUUACAUUUGGACAGAUUGCUGAGAUCGUCGACAAAGGAACAGUUUCUUGUGGAGCAAGUGGAGCAUUAUAUUGUUUAAUAUCAGCAUUAACAGGAUGUGGAUGUUUAUAUUCAUGUUUCUAUCGUACAAAAAUGAGAAAGCAAUACAGGUUACCAGAAAAUCCUUGUGGGGAUUGUUUGCUUCAUUUUUGCUGUGAAGCUUGUGCUUUGUGCCAAGAAUAUCGUGAGCUUAAACAUCGCGGAUUUGACAUGUCUAUUGGUUGGCAGGAAAAUAUGGACAACCAAAACAAAGGGAUAGCAAUGGCUCCACAAAUUCAUGGAGGAAUGACUCGAUAAAUAUGGAUUAUUAAACUUUGAAUUUAUUCACUAUAAUAUAUGUAUUUCUCUCUUUUUGUAUUUAAAGUUAAAAGUGAAAUUUGCUUAUCAGUGUAUUGUUCUAAUGCUUGUAAGAUUUAAUAUUUAUUCUUGAGUGAUUAAUGUAUAUGAUUAUAAUAUGUAUAAUUUCUUUACUA